AUGAGCGCUUCUUCGUCAUCAUCAUCAUCGCAACAACUCGAGAUCAUCAAUGAAUUUAUCAAUUGCUCCUGGGAUGAUUUACCGGUGGAUGUGAAGGAAGUUUUAGGAGGAAACAAGAAUUUAUUUGAUCGAAUUUUGAAAGACUAUGCAAUGGAAAGACAGUUGCCCUAUGAACAAGCUCCGGUUUCGUUAUUGUUAAUGAAUAAGAAGGAUUAUUAUUUGGAGAUGGUGGAAUAUUUGAGAAAUAACUUGCGGUUGUUUCCAUAUCAAUUUUCGGACGUGAUCAUUAAUGAACUUGGAAUGUUACCUUUUACUUUCUAUUCAGAGAUGGUUUACACGAUUAUGAAAAAUGAAAAAUCAUAUGAUAUACUCCCCAAUUUUACUGCAGCAGAUGUCAACAGGCUAUUGGGAAUUGGAAGAAAUCAAUAUAUUGACAUUAUGAACAAGGUGAGGAGUAAAAAAUGGACUUGGAGGUUCAAUAAGGGGAUUCUAAAAGAACAAUUGCCAGUACAACCUGUAGAUACAAAGAUUGAUUAUUGGUGGAUUGUUGACGUGUUUCCAAUGCCCCAGCAAGAAUUUUUGAAAAUUUACAACACUCUCACUACUGAAGAAGCGAUAGCAAUCGCAAUGGUUAAAAAUGAAGGGAAAAUUCUUGCAUGCAGAAUUCCUUAUCCCGAAUUACUUUCAAUUUACAGAAAAGGAUUGGUCCAUUUUCAUGUCCCAAUCAACAGUGAUGAUUACAUUGUAAUUCCUCCACUCAAAGGUUUCAUCAUGAACAGAACACCAAACGAUCACUUUGAAAAGUUAUUGUACGAUAUUUUAGUCACUUUAGAUGAAAGAACCACAGUUAGUCAAUUGUCAAAAAUUCUUCAAGUAGACGAAAAUAUGGUAAAGUCUGCAGUGUCUGUGUGUUGCAGACUAGGAUUUGCCAAAAAGAAGGUUCAAAAACCCAAGAACAUGACAGAUACAAGCGAAGAUCAAUACAAAAAUAGCUGGCAAUUGUCAAUAGACGAAUAUCAUGAUGAAAUGAUGAGCAAUGAAGGCAAAAACAUGUCACGAAGUGAGAACAAUUCCUUGCUAGAAUUUACCUCCAGCUUCGAAAACAAAGGUGAAAAGAUGAAGAGAAUUUGUUUCUUGUUUGACUCUUCACUCACUGCUUAUUUAAUGAUGGGUAACCUGGCUGAAGGUUUAAAGAAUCAUGCAGUGACUCUUUUUGAGGUUGGAAAGAUGCCUGAUGAGUUAUUGGAUGACUUUUUGAAAGAGCUCGACAAGGUAGUUUGUCCUACUGAUAACGAAGGUGAAGCCAUCAAAUACUAUACCCAUGCCAUUGCUCUCAGAAAUACUUUGAGAUUCCUUCGACAAAACAGUAAGGAAUUUGGAAUUGUUGGUUCGGAUGGUGGUGUUGAUAUGAUCCGUUGUGAAAGUUUGAACAAUUUGGAUAAUGGAACCAAGAUGCGAAUUCUUGACAUGAAUUAUGCUAUUCUUAUUGCCACUGCUCCAAUUGCCUCAAGAGCUAUUAAUUUACCAAACUUACCCAAUUUUUAUGGCCCUCCACUUCCCCAUGUGUCUUCUCCUUGGUUCAAAUUGUACAUGUAUGUUUCCUGUGAGCUGGGACCAUCAACUGUAUUAUUCUGCAGAGGUCAGCGUAUAAGAAAGCUUCCAGGAAUGAUAGGAACAAAUGAAAAAAUUAUGAUUUCUGGAUGGGAACAAGAACCAUAUGCUGUUCACUCCAGGAUAUUGUUGCAGGUUUUGAAUGAAGCAUUAAUGACGUCUCCAAACAUGAUUCAAAUGAUUGACGAGAACUCGUCUGAAAAUCAAACAUUUGAUGUACCAUUCCCAUUUGAGAGAUGUAAUUAUCAUCAUCAUGACAAUGGAAGCACUUCUACACAAAAACGCCAUGCUGCAAGUGAAAACUCAUCCACUGACAGUCAACGUGAAAAACCUGCAUUUGCUCUUGAUGACUCUCAAGAAGAAGUUCUAGACGGAGGAGUAUUGAAGCCACCUUCAGAAACCGUAGAGGCAGCAGUUGAUGAGAUUGUUGAUCUAACCGAGGAAGAUUGGGACGCAGUUGAAAAAAUUAUGAACAAGCUCACUGAAAAGCUUCAUUUAGAAUGCUCAUUUGGAUGUGUGAAACUGCUUAAAAUUGUAAAGAAUGGUGUCACACAAGCCAUUGUUCCAACUGAUUUACAUUUUGGAAUUCCACUUUCAAGUUACGAUAUUAACAAGAAAGUUUGCGACGUUGUCAUUAAGCGAAGUUUGUUUAAUGAAGAAAAUCUGAAGCGUCACACUCAACAUAUGAAGCAAAUGUGUGACGAGUUUUUGAACUUUAUUCAAAAUUACUCUGAGGAUUCAUGUAUUUCCGAUCCGUCUCAAGUACCUUACCCUUCCAAAGCAAUUUAUUUUAACGGUAAACAAAUUUCUCCAUACCGAUUUUAA